AUGGCGUGGCAGGUGAGUGUGCCCGAGCUGGAGGACCGCCUGCAGUGCCCCGUCUGCCUGGAGGUCUUCAAGGAGCCCCUGAUGCUGCAGUGCGGCCACUCUUACUGCAAGGGCUGCCUGCUGUCCCUGUCCCGCCACCUGGACUCGGAGCUGCGCUGCCCUGUGUGCCGGCAGGAGGUGGACUCCAGCAGCUCCCCGCCCAACGUCUCCCUGGCACGUGUGAUCGAAGCCCUGCAGCUCCCCGGGGACCCGGAGCCCCAGGUCUGCACCCAUCACCGGAACCCACUCAGCCUCUUCUGCGAGAAGGACCAGGAGCUUAUCUGCGGCCUCUGCGGCCUGCUGGGCUCCCACCAGCACCACCGGGUCACCCCCGUCUCCACUGUCUAUAGCCGCAUGAAGGAGGAGCUAGCAGCCCUCAUCUCCGACCUGAAGCAGGAGCAGAAGAAGGUGGAAGAACAAGUCGCCAAACUGGUGAACAACAGGACCCGGAUUGUCAACGAGUCUGAUGUCUUCAGCUGGGUGAUCCGCCGCGAGUUCCAGGAGCUGCACCACCUGGUGGACGAGGAGAAGGCCCGCUGCCUAGAGGGGGUGGAGGGUCACACCCGUGGCCUCGUGGCCUCGCUGGACAUGCAACUGGAGCAGGCCCGGGGCGCUCAGGAGCGGCUGGCCCAGGCCACGUGUAUGCUGGAGCAGUUUGGGAACGAGAGUCACUACGAGUUCAUCCGGUACCACUCCACGGCCUCCAGCGCAGAGCUCCAGCAGGCCCGGCUCUUGGAAGGUGCAUUCAGCCCCAUCUCCUUCAAACCAGGCCUGCACCAGGCCGACAUCAAGCUGACGGUGUGGAAAAGGCUCUUCCGAAAGGUUCUGCCAGCCCCAGAGUCCCUCAAGCUGGAUCCCACCACGGCCCACCCGCUCCUGGAGCUCUCCAAGGGCAACACAGUGGUGCAGUGCGGGCUCCUGGCCCAGCGGCGCGCCAGCCAGCCCGAGCGCUUCGACUACAGCACGUGCGUCCUGGCCAGCAGGGGCUUCUCCUGCGGCCGCCACUACUGGGAGGUGGUGGUGGGCAGCAAGAGCGACUGGCGCCUGGGGGUCAUCAAGGGCACGGCCAGUCGCAAGGGCAAGCUGAACAAGUCCCCAGAGCACGGCGUGUGGCUCAUCGGCCUGAAGGAGGGUCGGGUGUACGAGGCCUUCAGCUGCCCGCGGGUGCCCCUGCCCGUGGCCGGCCACCCCCACCGCAUCGGCGUCUACUUGCACUACGAGCAGGAGCUCACCUUCUUCGAUGCUGACCGCCCCGAUGACCUGCGGCUGCUCUACACGUUCCAGGCCGACUUCCAGGGCAAGCUCUACCCCAUCCUGGACACAUGCUGGCACGAACGGGGUAGCAACUCCCUGCCCAUGGUGCUGCCCCUGCCCAGCGGGCCAGGCCACCUCACCCCCUCGCAGCCCACCAAGCUCUAG